AUGGACCCGUUGCAAGUAUCGAUCUGCAUUAUUGCCACAGUGCUAGGGACUACUAGUCAUCUCGGCUUGUUCAUCCAGUCCGAGUGGGAUGUACAUGCAUUUCCCCUCUUUGCUACGCUCUAUCUCUGGCCAACGGUAAUGCUUGGCCUCCUAGCCGGCGCAGGAUACUAUCAUGCGAUGUGGCUCGCGCUGAGCGCCCUCGCGAGCUUCAAUAUCGCCUUGGGCUUGUCCAUUGCCGUUUACCGGUACUUCUUCCAUGCAUUACGGCGCUUCCCUGGUCCUCGACUCGCGAGACUCUCGGCGCUCUGGUCCAUCAAGGCAGCGGUGAUUGAUGCCAAAUGGCAUCUUCGUGUACAGGAGCUCCAUCGCCAAUAUGGAACUUUUGUCCGGAUCAAGCCGCGGGAGAUAUCAAUCAAUAACCCGGCGGCCAUCAAAGUUAUACAUGGGGCGGGAACCUCGUGUGUCAAGGGCACAUUCUACGACCUGAACUACCCUAAUCAUUCCCUGCAGAUGACUCGAGAUAAGGCACAUCAUGCGAGACGGAGGAAGAUAUGGGAUCGUGGGUUCAGUCCUCGAGCACUGGCCGGCUAUGAGCCCUUCUUACUCGACCAUUGCAAAGUCCUGGUUGAGCUCAUUUCCUCGCGAGCAUCGCAUAGGCAGGAAGUCAACAAACUGAUUGACGGGUUUACCUGGGACUCGAUGGGUGUGCUUACAUUGGGGAAGUCAUUCAAUAUGCUGCAAGGUGCUCCACCAUCGGAAAUCAAACAGAUGAAGGCUCUCGGUCGUCUCGCAAGCGUGCUGCAGUGCGCAAGCUGGAUCGGCCAGUUAAUUCGGAGUGCUCCACUUCUUCGAUACAAGACUCAGCAGUGGUUAGACUGGUGCGGCGAGCAGUUGGAGAAAAGAAAGCAGAUGGAGCUGGAUCAUAAGGACCUCUUCAGCUAUCUCAUUGAGGGGUCUUUGGCAAACAGCGGUCCAGGGCAAGCGAAGAGCUCAAUGGACGAGGAUCUAGUCUACGACUCCGAGCUCGCGAUCACCGCAGGCAGCGAUACCAGUGCCGCGACAGUGAGCGCGCUUCUGUAUCUGUUGGCCCAGCAUCCGGACAAGCUCCGAGAGCUGCAGCAGGAGUUGGAUACUUGUCUUCCUGCGAAGGAGGGGCUUUCCCAUGCUGUGCUAGCAGGUAAGCCAUGGCUGGAAAGCUGCAUUAACGAGGGUCUUCGCCUGUACCCCAGCGUCUCGAGCGGUGUUCCACGCGAGACUGGUUCGGAAGGCCUCAUGAUAGCCGGGGUCCAUAUCCCUCCGAGGACCACAGUUUCUACGCCAACUUACACUAUCCAUCGAGAUCCCCGAAACUUUGUAGACCCGAACAGCUUUAUCCCCGAGCGGUGGACGAGCAAGCCGGAGAUGGUGCUCUGCAAGGAGGCAUUCAAGUCCUUCUCCACGGGCAAAUACGCCUGUGCGGGUAAGCCAUUUGCCAUGAUGGAAAUGCGACUUCUAGUGGCCACAAUUGGCAGGGACAGGGACCACUGGAGGCAGUGA